AUGUUUGGAUGUCACAUGCAAAGAGAUUCCACCAGUUCCAUUAUCCUCUUUUCAAGGCUUCACCACCUUUGGGAAGAAGAAGUCUUAAGGCGAGGGAUUGAAAAAGCUUCAGUGCUUCUGGUGAUGCUGAGGUUCCAGAGAACAAGGUUGAUUUUCGAUGCACUUCUGGGCAUCUGCUUCUGCACCAGUGUACUCGGGCCAAUAUUGAUUAUACCAAAGAUCCUAGAAUAUUCAGAAGAGCAGUCGGGGAAUGUUGUCCAUGGAGUGGGACUCUGCUUUGCCCUUUUUCUCUCCGAAUGUGUGAAGUCUCUGAGUCUCUCCUCCAGUUGGAUCAUCAACCAGCGCACAGCCAUCAGGUUCCGAGCAGCUGUUUCCUCCUUUGCCUUUGAGAAGCUCAUCCAAUUUAAGUCUGUAAUACACAUCACCUCAGGAGAGGCCAUCAGCUUCUUCACCGGUGACAUAAGCUACCUGUUUGAAGGGGUGUGCUAUGGACCCCUAGUACUGAUCACCUGCGCAUCGCUGGUCAUCUGCAGCAUUUCUUCCUACUUCAUUGUUGGAUACACUGCAUUUAUUGCCAUAUUAUGCUAUCUCCUGGUUUUCCCACUGGAGGUAUUCAUGACAAGAAUGGCUGUGAAGGCUCAGCAUCACACAUCUGAGGUCAGCGACCAGCGCAUCCGUGUGACCAGUGAAGUUCUCACUUGCAUUAAGCUGAUUAAAAUGUACACAUGGGAGAAACCAUUUGCAAAAAUCAUUGAAGACCUAAGAAGGAAGGAAAGGAAACUAUUGGAGAAGUGCGGGCUUGUCCAGAGCCUGACAACUACAGCCUUGUUCAUCAUCCCCACAGUGGCCACAGUGGUCUGGGUUCUCAUCCACACAUCCUUAAAGCUGAAACUCACAGCGUCAAUGGCCUUCAGCAUGCUGGCCUCCUUGAAUCUCCUUCGGCUGUCAGUGUUCUUUGUGCCUACUGCAGUCAAAGCCCUCACGAAUUCCAAGUCUGCAGUGAUGAGGUUCAAGAAGUUUUUCCUCCAGGAGAGCCCUGUUUUCUAUGUUCAGACAUUACAAGACCCCAGCAAAUCUCUGGUCUGGGAGGAGGCCACCUUGUCGUGGCGACAGACCUGUCCCGGGAUUGUCAAUGGGUCAUUGGAGCUGGAGAGGAACGGACACGCUUCUGAGGGGAUGACCAGGCCUAGAGAUGCCCUCGGGCCAGAAGAAGAAGGGAACAGCCUGGGCCCAGAGUUGCACAAGAUCAACCUGGUGGUGUCCAAGGGGAUGAUGUUAGGGGUCUGCGGCAACACGGGGAGUGGUAAGAGCAGCCUGUUGUCAGCCAUCCUGGUGGAGAUGCACUUGCUUGAGGGCUCGGUGGGGGUGCAGGGAAGCCUGGCCUAUGUGCCCCAGCAGGCGUGGAUCGUCAGCGGGAACAUCAGGGAGAACAUCCUCAUGGGAGGCCCAUACGACAAGGCCCGUUGGAUCAUCAACCAGCGCACAGCCAUCAGGUUCCGAGCAGCUGUUUCCUCCUUUGCCUUUGAGAAGCUCAUCCAAUUUAAGUCUGUAAUACACAUCACCUCAGGAGAGGUAAGCAGCUGGGACUGCCUCUUCCGGGCCAUGCUUCCCUACCCUUCCUCCAGACAUGACUGCCCUGGGGGCCAUGAGAGGGAGAAAAGGGGGAUGUUCAAGAAGGCCAUUGGUGUGUUCAAGAGACUGGAGAACUAUAGCCGGUCCCCUUUAUUCUCCCACGUCCUCAAUUCUCUGCAAGGCCUGAGCUCCAUCCACGUCUAUGGAAAAACUGAAGACUUCAUCAGCCAGUUUAAGAGGCUGACUGAUGCGCAGAAUAAUUACCUGCUGUUGUUUCUAUCUUCCACGCGAUGGAUGGCGUUGAGGCUGGAGAUCAUGACCAACAUUGUGACCUUGGCUGUUGCCCUGUUCGUGGCUUUUGGCAUUUCCUCCACCCCCUACUCCUUUAAAGCCAUGGCUGUCAAUAUCGUGCUGCAGCUGGCAUCCAGCUUCCAGGCCACUGCCCGGAUUGGCUUGGAGACAGAGGCACACUUCACGGCUGCAGAGAGGACACUGCAGUACAUGAAGAUGUGUGUCUCGGAAGCUCCUUUACACAUGGAAGGCACAAGUUGUCCCCAGGGGUGGCCACAGCAUGGGGAAAUCAUAUUUCAGGAUUAUCACAUGAAAUACAGAGACAACACACCCACCGUGCUUCACGGCAUCAACCUGACCAUCCGCAGCCACGAAGUGGUGGGCAUCGUGGGAAGGACGGGCUCCGGGAAGUCCUCCUUGGGCAUGGCUCUCUUCCGCCUGGUGGAGCCCGUGGCAGGCCGGAUUCUCAUUGACGGCGUGGACAUUUGCAGCAUCGGCCUGGAGGACUUGCGGUCCAAGCUCUCAGUGAUCCCUCAAGAUCCAGUGCUGCUCUCAGGAACCGUCAGGGGUGACGUGAGAAAAAUCCAGGCAGCCCAGUCAGCGAAGCAGACAGAACCAGAUCUUCCAGCCUCUUCACUACACUUUCUGUGUCCUCAGAAGUCAACUCAGGGAGGAAGCUUUAUCCAGAUUAGGCUCCUACUGACAAUGCACUUCAUCUGGGAGGAAACAUAA